AUGGGAAAACCGGCAUACUCAUUCAUCCCUCUCAGGACCGCUUCCCCUGCAGCACCCUUUACCCUUCCCACGCCCAUCCCCCACACCUCACCACCUCCGCCCACACCUCACCUCCGCCCACACCUCACCUCCGCCCACACCUCACCUCCGCCCACACCUCACCUCCGCCCACUCCUCACCUCCGCCCACACCUCACCUCCGCCCACACCUCACCUCCGCCCACACCUCACCUCCGCCCACUCCUCACCUCCGCCCACACCUCACCUCCGCCCACUCCUCACCUCCGCCCACACCUCACCUCCGCCCACUCCUCACCUCCGCCCACUCCUCACCUCUCGAGCCAGUUCUCCUGCUCCCCAUCCUUCCCCCCGUGUAUCCCACGCCCCCGCCCCCGCAGGCCCAUCCCCCAUGCCGCCCCAUCCCCCCAUGCCAUCCCCGCCCUAUCCCACCACUGCAUCCGCCUUCACAUGCACGUUCACUCCGUGCCGCGCAAUUUGCAGCGGGGGAGAAGAGGCAGAGACAGGGGGGAGCACAUGGAUAGGCUUGAGAUCAAGUGCAUGUUCUCUUGAGCUCUGCAGAUGCAUGUUCUCUUGUGCUGUCUGUGAGGUGGAUAAGAAGGGACGGCGGAGAGGAGGGAGACAGGGAUGUGAUGUACGCAUCGAUCAUUCCGAGGCAUAA